CUCCACCUGCUAAUAGUUGAGGCAGGGGCUUAAUUACAUAACUUGAACUACUUGUACGAAUAGUUAUUGCUAACGUGACUGCGCGCGUCGUCGCGUCGCGACCUGCCGCUCUUCAUCGCUAAAAGUCAUCACAAGAACCUUGAUUGAGGUCUGACAGGUGCCGCAUCCGCAUUGCCAAUUCGCGAUGGAUAGCUACAACAAGUUCCUUGCAGAGAAUGUCCUCACAGAGGACAAAGUGGUCACAUAUCGGCUCUUGAGCCGGGCUCUCCAGGUUCACGUCAACACGGCCAAGCAGAUGCUGUAUGAUUUCCACAGAAGCCAAAAUGCGAAACGCCCUGGUGCCGUGCAUGCCACUUACCUGGUGUACGGCACCAAGAUAGCUGCCCAUGGGCCACCAGCUGCACAAAAUGGCAGCGAUGGCGAUGUUGAAAUGGCAAGCUCGCCCCGGGAUGCCAAGAUGCUUACAGAAGCCGUGCCAACAUCCACUCUCUCGCUGGUGCCCGAGGAACGGCUGAAAGAGACCCUAGCUGACUAUGAAAAUGUCACUUCCAUACACGUCUACGCUGUUGGACCCCAUCCUACCAAGGACAUGGCUCUUUUAGUGGAUGUGGGCAACGAGCUGCUCACUCUAGAUAGCCAGAAGAGCCUCGUCCCAAUCACUAACCCGCGGAUGCGCCGCAGGGAACGGCAGGGAGCCGGUCUGAAGGCUUCUACUGCUGCUGCUGCUGCUGCUGCUGCGGCUAAGCCACCAGCAAAAAUGGCCGCCUCCAAGACCUUGCAGGCGCCAGCUGCAAGAAAGGUCAAGGAGGAACCACAGCCUGCACAGCCCGCUCAGGAGACCACAGAGAAAGUCUCCUCCUCGGGACCAGCCAAGAAAGUUGCGCCGCCCCUGAAGCGCGGUGCCAGCUCCGGCAUCAUGCAGGCCUUCUCGAAAGCGGCGUCGAAAACAACGAAGAACAAAAAGGAAGCAGAGUCUCGGCAGCUUGCGACACCCAGCGUCGAAGAUCCGGCCGUUCAGCCGUUGUCGGAUGAUGGGGAGGACGAGGAAGAAUUGCCGCAACCGAAGCCGCGUAGUGUCUCAGGGUUGAAGAGCAGGAAGCAGCGGGAGGAGGAGCUCAGGAAGAUGAUGGAAGAAGACGAUGACGACGAGGAGGUGUCAGAGAGGGAGGAAAUCGCCGAGGACGAGCCAAUGGAAGAAGAACCACCAGCAGCGGGGCCAGUCAAGGAAGAAGAGACGGAGGUCGUUACUGCCUCCACCAAUGGUCGGCGGCGCGGCAGGAGACGGGUCAUGCGCAAGAAGCAGAUUAUGGAUGAUCAGGGAUACCUUGUCACCAUUCAAGAGCCAGGCUGGGAAUCAUUCUCGGAGGAUGAGCCUCCCCCGGCCAGCAAACCGAAGACAACUAGCUCAGCUCCCCCACGCAGACGGCAAAGCCAAAGAAAGGCGGGCAGAAAGGGAGCCAGGGCAGUAUCAUGUCCUUCUUUUCCAAGAAGUAGUCAAGGCAGAUGUGCUAGACAGUCAGGCCGUUUGAACACCGUCAUCCGAGGUUCGACCCCGCCUGAUGGGUCCGUCCAAGCAUCUUAACUGCACUCCAGGAGUCCGAGCAGUCCUAGAACGAGAUCAGGGAAUACCU